CAGGAGUUUGUGUGGCCUGUGCAACCACUACCCGUUGACUGAGGAUCGGGCCGUUCUUUCUUCCGCAACCAAUCUUCGACAUCCAAAUCGACGCUUUUUGGCUCUCAACUCAUUCCGCCUCACCAAACACCAAACAUCACUCCUUCAACAAGUAGAGCACGGAAAUCUCCGUUUCGAUCCCAAGAUGGAAGCCCGGCAAAUCUUGAGACCAUUCUGCUCCUUGACGAGCACAGUCAUACGCACGACGCGGCGAUGUCAGUCCACGACAUCACGCACGAAAAAGGCCCUCAAAAUCCGCCCCGAUGUCUCCUUCUUGACGCCAAACAGCGAAGACCAUAUUAUCUUCAACCCCCCUUCGUCAGCGCCAUCCGUCUACCACACACCUUUUAAAUUUCUCCCGAAGUCGGACCCGCGACGUCAAGCCAACCUCACCCACUUGCUGCGCACCUCGGAUCUGCAUAAUGCACCUCUCCCACCGCCGGCUGGUAAGCUUGCAGAAAUCAAGCCCAGAAGUAAUGUGACCAAGGAGGAAGUCGAAGAGAUGCGACAGCUGAGAAACGAGAACCCAGCGAAAUGGAGCGUUGUACGGCUGGCCGAGAAAUUCCAAUGCACUAAGCUGUUCGUCAUGAUGUGCUGCCAGGCGAGCGAUGAGCACUGGAAGAGCGAACGGGAAAGGCUAGAGGCUAUCAAGGCCCGGUGGGGGCCAAUGCGGACGAAUGCAAGAGAGGAGCGCCAGAAGCGCAAAAAGAUGCUCGCUCGAGGCGAGUUAUAGUGAAGUAGUGUAGGAACAGAAAUGCUUGAAAAAUCCGCGGGAGACUGUACAGGAUCUGCGCAGUACAUUAAGAGCGCAUUGGAUGGACUCGGAGUCACAUCGAGUCGCCGAAAGGGGGCUCGUAAGCAUCUGGCAUUGCCAACAAGGCGUUAAAGGGCUCGGGUAUGCCAUCUGUCAUAUACCAGUCCCCAUUAUUGUACAAUCAUAUAUGUUAUAAUAGAUCUGGC